AUGGCUUCAUGGCAAAAUAGAACAAAGAAAAAAUACUGUAAUAGUACCUGCAUCAAAAAAUUGCAAAACUUUUGCACUCCGAGGCAAAUCAAUCACAUUCAACCAUCUUUAGUGCCUGUGCUUGACUUUCUCACUGCACUACAUCAACAAGGCCUUACAUACAAUGCCAUUGACACUGCCAGAAGUGCUUUGUCUAGCUCUGUUACUUUAGAGGAUGGGACAUGUGUAGGAAAACACCCACUAGUAUCCAGGCUGAUAAAGGCAUUUUUCAGGAAAAACCUCCAAGACCAAAGUACACAGAAAUUUGGGAUGUGUCUAUUGUCCUGA